AGCGCGGCGCCGCCUGCCCAGCGCCGCGGCGCCGUCAGUUCAGAAAACGCCGCGGUGUUGAGUGCAUGUUGAAACGGUGUUAGUUGCAGUACAGCUGAUACACGUAAAGCCGUCGUAUCGCGCGCAGAUCCGGUAAAAUGGCGGUUUACGCGUUUAUUUCUUUCGGUGUAUAAAUGAGUGCAGCCACCAUUAUGGAGGGCUUCCUUCACCACAUGGCACCCCAGUUCCUCCACCCGGCUUUGCAGAGCUUUGGCUGCGGAGCUUUUAGGCCGAUAGGGGGCGCUUUCCACCCCCUGUACCCGGGGAAAGCUUUCGCUAGACAUCUGGGGGAGCAGUACGCGUUGGGGCAGAGUGUCGGGCAAGCGCUGAGACAGAGCGUUCGCGACGAUACUAGCACCCCGCCUUUGUACCGGCACUACGCGGCUCGGGACGACACCAGCUCCCCAGGGUCUGCCGCCUCCGCCUCCCCCCGACCCUGCAAGGACGAUGAAACUCCCGCCCCACCGACUUGUACCGACUCCCAUGACUUCUUCUCUCCUGACGGCGAACGCAAGUCUGCUUGCGGCGUGUGCGGCGCACGGCUAGGUCCUGGCGUUGCGCAGGCGCACUUCUUGCAAGAACUUCAACAUCUCUACAGCUUGAGUGCUCUGCCAAGAGACGCUGCGCCGGCGACGCAUUCUCUGCACCAUCAGGAUGAAGAUGCUCGAUGGGAGACAUAUCAACGUAUUCGAGCGAACAGACAACGACGACUGAAGCUGCGCACACGCAAGCGCCACCAUACGGUGGAAAGCAUGCUGGGUUACGACCUGGAGGAAGAGAGACGAGAGGAGAGGCCUCGGGAGUCCAGGACUUAUGACGCGGAAGAUGAGCCCGUGGAUGUGGAGGGGGAUUCGCUGGGAUGGCCUGAGGGGCCCAUCAAUGUUGAUGAAAAAGACCAACGCACCGAGGGUGAGAAGCUGCACCUCAACUACGUGGAAGACCUGGAGAUCUCCAGCACCAACGACGCCAUGCAAUCGCCAGAACGCGUGAGGAUUGAAACGCCCAAACCCCUCUCGCUGGAAUGCCCUUCAAAGGCCACGGAGUCGUCAGAAAGGCCUGCGGAGGUGUCCACUUCAGAGGCCUGGUCCGGAGCCCCUCCUCCGCCAGCCACCGACUCCUGGCCCGCGCUGGCUGCGGAGGCCUACCUCCAGGCCGCUAGGCACAAGAUGGAAGGAGAAAACCUGCCUUCAUCUACUGAUUCUAGGAAUUAAGAGCAUUUUUGCAUCAAGCACCUUUACUUUUAUGCCCUUCAAGACGUUGAAUUAUAAGAAGCCUCUGACUGCGAACUACUCUCAUUCCUUGCUCUUCACCUAACCCAGAGAAGUCCAGGGAUGUGUUUACAUCACAGGUUUAGAAUAAUAAGAAGCCUGCUGACUGCGAACAACUCUAACCUAACCUAACCUAACCCAGAGAAGUCCAGUGAGGUGUUCAGAUCACAGGUUUGAUCUGCCGCCGGCCCUCAAAACCCAGGAUGGAAGAAAAAAUGUACCUUCUACCGCUGUUGUGUUUAUCCGAUUAAAUCUAAUUGUUAUUGCGGCUUCUGGGAUAACUACAAACUCCUUACUUUUAAAAUUUUACGGGCAGUAUUGUUCAAGUAGUGUGUUCAAAAUGUCUGCCUUUGCAGUGUGCAUAUCUUCUUGAAUUACUUCAUUACCUUUUCUCUCUUCCUUUACCUCUUUUUUCGCGGUAGAAUUACUGUAAACUAAUUGACACUUGAGUAGGUACUAAAAUUAAAAUGCAUUCAUAUCCUUUUAAGUAAUUAUCUAAUCAUUGUGUAUAGAAUUUAAAAUAUAUAUUAUAAUAAAAUGCAUCGUUAUAUUGAAUAGGUACUACUCUUUUAUUGAUGCAAGUGUAUUAGCAACAACCUCCAAACAAGUUCGGGAGGUAUUUUUCUUGUUGUAUAUCUGUACUAGUAAGUACUUAAUAAUUUUGUGGUUUUAGCUAAAAUUGUAUAAAAGUAACAUAGAUUGUGUAUCGUUUAAAAAAAAAGAGAAACAAAAUUGAAAUAAAAAUAAUGAAGCGCAUCUAAAACUAACGCUAGAAAUGUACUAUUAUAGUUUUGGAAAUUGUCCCAUUAUUUAUCUCAAAAUAUAAUAGAUAAUUAAUUAUAAUUACACUUAAAAAAUCUGCAUGCAUGUAAAAAUCUGUUUUAAUUAUAAUGUAAAUAACAAUGUAACAAUGUUUUAAUGAUAGAUUCGUUUAAAAAUUCUUAUUAGUGUUAAGUUUGUGUUUAUUACAUUAUUAACGAUCAUCGGAAAAUUUUAGUGUUUCUAAAGUUAAUUCAGUCAAUAAUUGUAAACAAUUUUCUCGAUAACCAUAAUGGCGGAAGAUUUGUGGAAAGUUUUAUUUGUUUUAAUUAAAAACAAAAAUAAUUAAACUUUCUAUAAAUGGUCAACACUCACUAUUUAAAUUAAUCUGGCUAAUAAUCAGAUUUCCUAAGAUUAUUUUAUACUUUAUUCCCGGUCGUUAUACAAACAUGCUUUGUAAUAAAGAGCAUUAGCUUAUUAUAUGUAAUUUAUACUAAUAUUAGUAGUGUUAAGCAGAUCAGUUGUUAACCUCUAUGUGUAAAUAAACGUUGUCAAAUUUUAUUCA